CAAGGAGUGGUUCUAGGAGCGCAAUGCAUGUUUGGAGAAGGGGAGGGGCUCGACAUGUGGUCCUCUUCCCAAAAUGCUUUCAUCUUUAUGGCCGUGUUGGUAAGCCAAGAGUUGGACAUGAUGAGAGGUUCAGUGUCCCUCGCAUCCCUGCCAUUGUUGAACUCUGUAUACAGGCCGGUGUAGAUCUUGCAAAGUAUCCCACAAAAAGGAGAACGAAACCCGUAUACUGUAUUGAGGGGAGAAUUGUUGAUUUUGAAUCAGUUGCGGAAGAUAUUGAAAAUAAAAUAAAACUUUCUUCUGAAAAUAUCAAAUCUCUUCUCAAGGCAUCUCCUGUGCUGGCAAGGCAUGUAGAGAAUUUCCCAAAUUUAGUGAUGAACAAUAGCAAUCUGGUUUGGUUGAGUGAGGAAGAACAGAACAAAGUAAGGGAUUUAAGUAGUCAUACCCUAGAGACAUGGUUUGAGAUGAUAUCAGGUGCAAAGAAUGUGCAAGGCUUCAAAGCAUCAGUCUCGGAAUGGUUUACAUGCGUGGCAAGAGGCAACAAUAGAUGAUCUGUGGGUCUGAAUUAUGUUUGGCAUGUCGACGAUUUGAAUGGAUCUCCUCUGAAUAACAAUUUGAAGAGAUAUUAUGGCAAGGCUCCGGCUGUGGUGGAACUCUGUGUGCAUGGAGGGGCUCAUGUUCCAAAUCAGUACAAGAGCAUGAUGAGAUUAGAUGUUGUCUCCCCAGAUCGAGAUGAAGUUGACCUUGUUGCCUGAUACAUCAUAACCCCCUUUGAAGUUAGACGAUAUAUUUUCAAUCAAGAUUUGAAAUUCAAUCAGAUAAGAUCUUGGAGUAUUGAGUUUGAUCAAAGCUGAGGUUUGGUCCCCGUUGCUAUUUUUUCUGUUGUGACUUCUAUAGGUCAAAAUUCUUGAUCUUCAUACAUAAUAAAUGAGUUACCAGCAUAUUCUAUCUUCGGAAAAAGAUACAUAGCUUAAAGGGAGGUAUAGCAGAUACAAGAUAUUUCAUUAUCAUGUUGUGGGUCUCAAAUUGGUAUGCUUUCAUCUCAUCAAACUGUGCAGUUUUUUGUGAAAAAGUGUUGACUAUCAACACUGGAAUUGAUACUAAUGAAAGACCAAACAGCACGUAGUCCAAACUUCAAUGCACAUAAAUGAAGAUUCUAGCAGCAACCAUCAAAAUAGAUCUGAACUUUUAUCUUCGGUGACAAACUUCAAGCAUGCCAUUGGUAUAGUCUUCUCUAAAGGAUGCUUAUCAAGUUCUGGUUUUCAAGUCACCUGAGUUUGCUUCCCUUAAUAUUUGUUGAGCAUGAUUCCUUGCACUUACUUUUUAGGUUAUUGGUUGCUGAAAAAGGUAAGAU